AUGCGACCGAUGUCAAAGGAAGGCCCUUAUGAUCCAUCAGCAGGGAGAAUUGCUUCAUCCGGUAUUGCCCCCAUGGCCAUUCAUGAAAUGGGGAAUGCACAUUAUCAAUCCUUUGCCUUGGGCACCAAGUGGAAAGAAAUCUUGCCGGAAGUACUCUGGGCAUACAAAACCACCUCGAAGUCGAGCAUCGGUGAGACACUAUUUUCCUUGGUAUAUGGAGCGGAGGCUUUGAUCUCUAUUGAAGUCGGGGAACCGAGCCUAAGAUUCCAAUACACCACAGAGGAGUCAAAUGACAAAGCUAUGGCAGUAAAACUCGACUUAAUAGAGGAACUACGCGAAGCAGCGUUAGUCUAUUUGGGAGCACAAAAACAACGGAUGGGUAGGUAUUACAACCAAAGAACCAAUCAUCGACACUUCCAGAUUGGGGACUUGGUCCUCCAAAGGGUCACAUUACACACAAAGAACCCUAAUGAGGGGAAGCUUGGUCCAAACUGGGAUGGACCGUACAAAGUAAUCGGCAUAACCGGCAAAGGAUCGUACCAGCUCAUGUCGGAGGAUGGCCAACAAUUGUCAAACAAUUGGAAUGUAGCAAUUUAA